CCCAAACGGAGAACCAAUGGCAACGACAACUCGAGAUGGCUUCUCUCAGGCCUCCUCGCCUCCUCCUCUCCUUCCUCCUCGUCCUCCCACUACUUCUCUCCAUUAUUGCUAUCUCAGUGGAAUCUUUAGAAGAAGAGCGAUCCACUCUCUCCAGAAGAGGACGAGGAGGAGCUUCGCCGGCGGCGGCGAAUGGCGUGCUCCGGUUCAAGGGGACGAAGGGGGAAUUCAAGAUACUUCAGGUGGCGGACAUGCACUACGCCGACGGGAGGUCGACGGAGUGCUUGGACGUCUUCCCGGAGCAGAUGCCGACCUGCUCCGAUCUCAACACCACCGCCUUCAUCAACCGUGUCAUCCAGGCCGAGAACCCCGAUCUCGUCGUCUUCACCGGUGACAACAUCUUCGGCUCGGACUCAACCGACGCGGCCAAAUCACUGGACAUGGCAUAUGCUCCGGUGGUUGAUCGCAAGCUGCCAUGGGCGGCAGUGCUUGGCAACCAUGACCAGGAGGGGACGCUGUCCCGCGAGGGUGUAAUGCAGCACAUUGUGGGCAUGCCCCACACCCUUUCCCACCUCAACCCAGAGGGAGUGGAUAUCGAUGGCUUUGGGAACUAUAACUUGGAGGUGGGUGGUGUGGAGGGCUCGGCACUCGCCAACAAGUCAGUGCUCAACCUCUACUUCAUCGACAGUGGGGAUUACUCCACCGUCCCCUCCAUCCCUGGCUAUGGCUGGAUCAAGCCCUCUCAGCAGCUCUGGUUCCAGAAAACCUCUUCUCGCCUCCAGAAAGGGUAUAUGAGCACACCAGAGGCACAGAAGCAGCCAGCACCGGGCCUUGUGUACUUCCACAUCCCAUUGCCAGAGUACAUCAGCUUUGAAGCAUCCAACUUCACAGGGGUGAAACAGGAAGGAAUCAGCUCAGCAUCAAUUAACUCUGGAUUCUUUGCCACCAUGGUGGAGGCUGGAGAUGUGAAAGCUGUGUUCACAGGGCAUGAUCACCUCAAUGACUUUUGUGGGAAGCUUACUGGCAUUCAGCUCUGUUAUGCUGGUGGGUUUGGGUACCAUGCCUAUGGGAAGGCCGGGUGGUCUCGGAGGGCACGGGUGGUGUCGGCAUACCUAGAAAAGACGGUAGAGGGCGAAUGGGGAGGGGUGAAGUCCAUCAAGACUUGGAAACGUCUGGAUGAUCAGUACCUUUCUACAAUCGACACUCAAGUCUUAUGGAACAAGGGCUCAACCGGGAGGCGCAGAAAGAGAACUACUGGAUUUUGAUCAUGGGCGUAGUGCAAGAGAUGAAUAGAAGAGAAAGGAGAUGAAUUAAUUAGAAGCAUUCUCUGCUGCGUAUCUGUAGCUGGUGAAAUAAGUAUUCUCCACUACAUAUAGCCAUGGAUUUGAUAGAUUGAUGAUAUGUAGUAUAACAAGUGAAUGAGCUCAACCUAGGCCAGCUCAGUUCUCAUUGCUCUUUCAGAAGAUUGUAUCUGUUUUGAGUUUUCUGGUUUGUCAUUUGUCAAGUAUAAGAUGUUCGAUUAAUAUAAAUGGACCUUUUUGUGUUAAAAUCUACAUAAAAGAACCCAAAUUGAAAGAUUACUUCUUGUA